GAGCACGGGCAGGCACACGGCGCGAGCUUGCAGCCGCGCUUCACACAGAGGCCCGAGCGGUGGCGCGCACACACACGGUGCGGUCCGUCGUCUGGUGCUGCUCGCAAACGGUGCGUUCCCGGUCGCUCGGGGACACUCGCUUCAUUUUCGUUCCGGCGUUCGAGCGUGCAGCACACGCGUGGUCGCAUGCAGUAUCACCCAGGAUUGCACGGUCGUUCAGCAAGACAUACAGUGGAGAGAGAUAGUGUUAAACACCGCUUGAUGUACAACACAAGACAUUAAAUAAUAGUGCCAGUGAACGGUGCAGUGUGUGUGUGUGUGUGUGGUCGAUAAAAGAAGAAAAAAAAAGAAUAAUCCUUACGGACGGAAAGCGAACGCGAAAGGUGUUCUAUCAAUUAAUUAUCCUUCCCGUCGCAGUGAAGUGAACGCAAUCUGCCAAAAUCAAAAAUAAAGGAAUAAGAUGGUGUAAAACAGCACAGAAACCAGAUCAGUGGCAGCGUAACAUAAAGAUAAACAUAGUUCGUUGGAGGGCACCGACGACUUAAAGUUGCUGUAGUGCGGGGUGAACUCGAACCAAGAAGGAACAACGGUCGCGUGUCAAUUUGGUGUCGCUCUUACACUUCCCCGCUCGUACGCUCGUUCGCACGUGCCAACGAAACCAGUAAGUGCGAUUGGUGUGCUAGUGUACUCUUUACUUCGUACAGUGGCCAGCACAAGCACGGUGUUGUCCUAGGAGCUUCCUAACGGCCAACAGUAGAGCCACCAUUCCAACAAAGUCGUGUGUGUGUGUGUGUGUGCGUUUGGAGUGACUUUUAAAGUAGCUCCGUCCCUUCCAGCGCGGCCUGCACCUACUUUGCGCGGGGCAAGGUCGUCGACGGCAUUUCGAUCGACGGCGACAGAAACGAGUUUUCCGCUACCUGUGGUUACGCGUGCCUGUAGUGCGUCUUGUGUAUGUGUGUGUGUGCGUUCCUAAAAAAAGUGCAACGUGCAGCAAAUUGCCCGAGCCUGCCCGAGCACAACCCGCUGCGAGAAAAGAAAGGCCAAGAAAGAAAGCCCACGUGUGUAACGCUGCGUAACGUCGUCACCCCUAGUAACACAUCGCGCUCGCGCUCCUAAGUAACGCAGUGUAGUGUUUCGCCGUUGUGCGCGUGCAUCGGAAAGUGAGUGAGAAUUUAGAGCGUGAACUAGAUAACGAGUGCGUAACGUGUGUUCGUGUGUCUUUGUGCAGCAACAAAAAAAAGGAAAAGGAAAAAAGAAAGCGAAAUCUGCAUUUUCCACUCCUCGCAACACUGUGGUGACAAUCGGUGCUCUCAUUCACCGUGUGUGUGUCUGUGUGCAUGUGUGUGUGUGACAAUUGUUAGUGAACGUAGCACAAACCUUACAGUGCUGUCAAAGCGGCUCCCUUUGGAGUAGCUGUACCCCCGGUCUGUUCGUUCGUUUCGUGCGCUCCUCUGAUCUCACCAUGACCCUGCCAACGAACAGUACGUCCACCGUGGCCGAGGACGACUCGGACAUGUUUGGGCCGCCCCACUCGUCGCCGCCGAUCCGCCGCAACCGGCCGAAGGUGCCGAUGAUCUCGCCCCAGCUGAAGCAGCGCGAGGUGCGCAAGCGGAUACUGCAGCUGUGCGUGCACAAGCUGGAGCGCAUCAAGGACUCGGAGCGCAAUCUGCGCCGCUCGGUGUGCAUCAACAACACGUACUCGCGCCUCACCGACGACAUACGGCGCGAGAAGCAGCACAAGCUGCUGAUGCUCUCCAAUCUCGCCAAAUCCACUGACAGCAGCAGAAAGCAGCUCGACGAGGACGACGUCUCGUCGGAGGACUGCAUCAACAACAACAACAACAUUACCAAUGCCAACAACAACAACAACAACAUCAGCAGCAGCAACAACAACACCAAUGGCAGCCAUCUGCAUCAUCACCACCAUCAUCAUCACCACCACCAUCACCAUCGCCACCAUCACGACGAGCUGGGCGAGUUCGUGCACAACAAUGAAAACAUGAACAACAACUGCCAGCUGCAGCACAACCACAACCUCGCCUCGCAGCACCACCACAACCACCUCAGCCACCACCAGCACCUGCAGGCCCUGCACCAGCGGUUGGCCCAGUCGCCAAUCAUGUCCAAUGGUUCCACCACCACCACCACCGCCGCCGCCGCGCCGGAAUCGAACGGCGGUUCGGACGGCGCGGCCGACCGGCCCCCGUCCAGCCCGGUCAGCCAGCGCAAGCCGGCGGCCGCCUCGUCGGUCGAGGCCGAUCUCGAGACGCUCGACCGGGAGCUGUGCGCGCUGGACGCGGCCAUGCCGCUGGUCGACCCGGAGAUCACGCAGGGCGCGGAGCAGCUCGAGCAGGCGAUGGUGUCGCGCAAGCGCAAGUUCGCCUCGAUCGACGACGACGACAGCGACCGGCUGGUGCGGGAAGCCCUGUCCCAGAUCUACUUCCCGAGCGCCGGCCGGCUGCUGACCGGCAUCGACGACUGUCCGCCGGCGACCGAGGAGCGCCGGGUGGAGGACGAGCAGCAGCAGCAGCAGCGCACCAGCGCUGGCGACGCUGCAGCAGUGGCCGUCGCCGCCGCCGCCGACUGUAUCUCACCGAAACGACCAAAGAUUGGCGACCUGCUCGAGCAGCACCAAAGUCAGCAGCAGCAGCAGUUGCACUCCUUCUCCCACCCGUUCCUGCACCCGUUCCAUCCGCUGCCGGAUCUGGCCGGGUUCGACUACCAGGUGCACCAUCACCACCAGAAGGAGUUCGAGGUGAUCAUGGACGCGCUCCGGCUGGGCGUCAGCAAUGGCGGGGCGAUGGCGGCGGCGGCCGUCGUCGCCGCGACGUCGGCGGCUGGGGCGGCGGCAGCCGCAGCGGCAGCGGCAGCGGCGGCCGCUGCCGCCACCGGCAACGCAACCGGCACGGCGAUGAUGGGCUGCUGCGGUGUUGUGGCCGGCAGUGCCGCCGGCAGUGGGAACGGCCCGUCCGCCAGCGUCGGCCCCGCCUCCUGCCAGGGGACGGUAGUGGGCGGUGGCGGGGUCGGCGUCGGAGCGGGCGGUGCCGUCGAUUCCUGCGGCCAGGCGGCCAUGCUGAUGGGCGGCCCGGACGGCGGGGCCAGCGUGUUCCACAAUCUCGUCGUUACGUCGCUGGAAACUUGAAAGUAGGCCACCAUCGGCCGUGAAGUCGGCGGCGUCGUCGUCGUGGAUGCUCUGGUUGCCUAUGUGUGUGUGUGUGUGUGUGUGUGUGUGUGAGGGGUUACUUCAGUGGUUAGUGGUGUGGCCACUAUCGGCCCUCUCACCUUCUCACUCUCCCGUCUACUCCAUUCAGCGCGAUAAACACGCGAACGUAAUUCUUAAUUUAUUUACCCUCCCCCAAAACUGCGCGCACGCUCUCUCUCUCUCUCUCUCGGAACGGGAAAUUGAUUUCACUUUUGCGCUUCCCCUCACUUCCUCCUCCAGCUGGUAGGUAGCGCAAUGAUAAGCGCCAAGAGGAGGUGACGCGCGCAAAAGAUGGAAAGAAGGAUAGACAGACACCGUGGUUGCGGCAGUGGGCAGACUACGAAACAAAGCAAAAAAGUAAGGAGAGUUUGGUGGCCACCGUAAUGGUACCCACACAUACACACACACAUACCCAGGCACCAAACGACGGCGACCGUCGGUAAUUAGACCAAUUUUUAUUAUUAUUAAUAUUAUUAUUAUAAAUAUUUUUAUUAUUAUUAUUAUUAUUAUUAUUAUUAUUAUUGUUUAGCGCCAAGUUUAGCAAAGUUUUUUUGUUUUGUUUAGGAAAGCCCCCCCCCCCCCCUUUUUUAAAGAUCAUUUAAUUUGCUUCCUACCACCAAAACGAUCAUUCAUGACCGCAUCCUCUCCUUUUCCUCCUACUCGACCGUUCUUCAUGGCCUAGAGAGAGAGAGAGAGAUAGGGAGAAAGAGCGUACAAACCGAAAGCUUUCUUGCCAGGGCAGGAAGGGUUUGUUGGGACUAGCUUUGUUUUAAAGUGUAUUUAUGCGCUGUCUGAUCUUUGUCCUAAUUUUAGUAUGAAUUCGAUUUCAUUCAACCAUCUCCUCCAUUUUAUCUCCACCAAAUCCCCCCCCCCCUCUUCUCACUGCGAAAAUUCCUGGGUUAGCUGUUAACAAACAACCCGAAAACACACACACAGCUUGUGAAGCCUAUCAUCCACACAGAAGAUGUGUGUUUGCGCGAAGUUGGAUUCGCGUAAGCUUUAGGGCGCCACAAAAACGACGGUUAAUAAUGCGCAGCAAUGUGUGGCGUGUGCAAUCGCAGUAGGCAACAGAAAUACACAAACACACACACUACUUUAACGCGUGUGUUGCUGUUGAUCUCUCUCUCUCUCAUGCAAAACGGGAGGCAAUCAAAUUAUGUGCAAAUAUUUACUAAUGUGCAAACAAAGAGACAUAGCACCAAGUAGCUCACCAGUAAAAAAAGGGCUCCAACAAGCUCUGGUAGAAGUUUUCUGACCCGAUUUUUCGCUCCUCCGCCACUUCACGGAUGCCUCCUCUCCUCCUAGUCCAUUACGCCUCUUCCCAAACACACACACACACAGUGGAACACACAGUGCUGGAAUUCGUUUCCGGCAGAUCUUCUUCAUAAAGGCCGUCCACAAACGGCCAGCCCAGACUAAAGCAGCCGCACAUGUUUCCCCUUCCAUGGCUGUUUCUUUCCCUUACCUUCCCCCUCCCUUUUUUUUUUUGAGAUCGUCUAACGGUCAUCACGCAACAACGGCUUGGCGGCGCGCGCGCGCUCAGGUGCCGCGCGCUGUGCACUGGUAGGUGGUAGGGGGCCAAAGUGAGACAUAAAAUAAGUGAAAGUGGCACCUCGGUGAACGCUGGUACGGCGGUGGUGGUAGACACACACACACACCCAUAGACACAGCAGAGCAGAAGUAAGGAAAAGGAAAAACUCAGAUUUAAAUCGCACACUCGCAGCGCUCGGGCCGACCGUGGCUGCGAUUAUUAUGCGCUGCGACGGUGUGUGUGCCCAUGAUGCCUGCCAAUGUGUUGCUUGCUGAGUGGCUGUGGUGGCUCCAUCUGACGGGGAAACGCUUCUGGAGCCGCCGUAAGGUUACUUAGAGACUUAGAGGGCGCGCGGGGACGCUUCUAGCCGUUUCUCGCUGUAUCGGUUGUGGCUAGUUGUGUGUCCACCCGCAGAAGGAGCAGCAAUUACACUACUGCUCGAUUUGUGUUGUUUUUUUUUCUCUCUUUGCGCGCACACCAUACAAUGUUGGUCGCUCCCCAUGUACGUGCCCAGGCUUUGAAGGUGUUUUUUUUUCUUUUCUGCAAACUUUUGCAUCACCAGAAACUUCGAAAAGCUCAAACCAACAGCUACGAAUGGCACGUGUUGCAUGAAUGGUUUCUUUUUUAUCUCUCUCUCUCUCUGUCUCUCUUUCUCUCUCUCUCUCCUUUUCUAUCUCCCUUUGUCAGUCCUUUAUGCUCUCUCUCUCUGUCUCUCUCCCAAGUUGGUCAGUGAUAGUACACCACUUCAAAGCUUACCGCUUCCCUCCCCGCUUCAAAUGAUUCAGCGGAGCGAAUCCCCUUUUCCACCAGUGGAAAACGAAUUCCAACAUCGGCGGGUGGCAAAACCUCCCCUCCCCCUCCCUUGCCCUAGAAAAAGAAGAAGAAGAAGAAUAAGGGAAAAAACGCCAAGACACGGCAGGGAUGGACGCGUAACGCGAAGAAGAUAAUGUACCGUUUGCUGUGUGGGGCUCAGUCUGUGUCUAUGUGUGUGUGUGUGUGUGUGUGUGUAAUUCGUAACGUAUCAAAUUUUUCACCCGUUGUUUUUCCCCCUCCCCUCCAGCUCCCACCUCCCCGCUGCAUUCCCUUUUAGCAGUGCGGUGCUUUCGUCGGUCCCUCGGGGUUGAGUUGAAAGUUUUCUCACUCUUUUCCUCUGGUGGUUGUUUUUCUUUACCCACUACCCCUUUUGCCUUCAGAGACGGGAGGUGUGGAGGGAGUAGACUACCCCUCCUUCCCCCAAUCCUCCGUUCGUGCUGCCUUUAUUUUCUUUCCAACCACUGUUUUGAGCGCACAACGCGGUAGAGCUUUUGAAUGUUUUUCGAUUGAUUUGGUUGCUGUUGCUACUGCUGUUCCCUUUCUUCUCUCUCUCUCUCUCACUUUUCCCCUACUCUCCAGUUUUUUUUUUUGUGAUUUGAUUUUCCAUCUUAUUUUCCUGUUGCUUUCGCUUUUGCCUCUUUAUUCGCUAUCGAGACGGGCGAACGCGGAAGGGUGGUUACAAAGCUACUCCAGCCAACCAGGUGCUGGGCUGCUGUUGGGUGCAUAAGUUUGUUUCAAGUUUUUUUUUUUUGCUUGCUUGGUUUCGUUUCAUUUUUCAAACGAACUUUUCCGUAGCGCUUUUGUGCUAUUUCAGAUGUGCUUUUUUCCCCUGUUCGUAGUGUUUGCUACAAAGAAGCGCCACCGAAUUGUUGAUGUUUCCAUUUGUCUCGGUUUCGGGUGUUUUUUGUUCGUAUCUUAUCUUCUUCCCAUGUGUCGAUUGAAUAUUACUGUGGCCAAAAAAAUAAUAAAACAAGGCGUCACGAUUGGAAUCUUGAAGCAGUUAAAGUAGGAGAUGGAGGGCAGGUAAACUGAAACCAAAACAAUUACAAACCAAUUGGAAGCAAUGUGUGAAAGCAAGAAGAAGCAACUAAACAAAACAAAACAAAAGUUAAUCAAAGAAAGUUGUGUACGUUAAGCAAGAAAAGGGUGUAAAACGUAUGUAAACAUGGCGUACAGAAACAAACAAACAAACAAAGCAAAACAAUUGUGCCGAUGGAUGAAAAAAAAACAAAGAAAAUAGAAAAAAACAGCAACAACAAUAUCGCUCUUAAGAAUAUAAACGUGAAAACGCUUAUAGGCCAACUCUUACAAUGCGCACUAAAGUAGUUAGAGAAGAGAAGAAGUAGCGUUGGUUGCAACCGAACCUACCAAUGAAGGUACCAAGACAGGUGGAGAAGGAGGUGCGACAUCUCACGGCAAGACCGUGCCGAGUCACACACAUACACACUCUCGUUAACACUCGCGGGCAGAAUGUUCCGGCUUCGGUUUUGGCACUUUUUAGCAGACAAAUCGAAGCACUCUUGCAUCCAUACCUACACAAGCUAGAUUAACGAAAUAUUGACCCCCCGCUCGCCCCCCCUUAAUAUGUAAGAAAACAGCACACACAAAUAAUAAUGUAAAACAGAAGAAGGGGAAAAAAAGCAUGGAAGCAGCAUUGUAAAAAAAAAAGUCAUAUAGAUCAAGUAGUGAAAAACAGUAGAAACUGAGUAGGGGGGGGGGGGGAGUACAUUAAUAGAGUAGAGAAUCGAAACAAGUGCACAUGCAUACACGGACACAAAGAUGAAACAUCAGGAACAAAUACUCUCUUUAUACAAGAAAAAAAGAAAGGGAACAGGGGGAGAGGAAAAAAGCAACAGCAGCAGUAUAUAGUAACACAGCAGCAAGAAAAAUGCAUUCGCAAUCGAGAAGUGGCCUCUUUCCUAACGAAACAAACAUCCACGGUCCGCACGGUGGAGAGGGUUGGGAAAGCAACAAACAAAGCUGUUACGACUAAAUCGAACGGAAAUCGUUUUAAAACGUGGUUCAACCGUGGUUAAACAGUCAUACCAAGUACUAUAAACUAUAUAGGAACAUGCAAAACAAACAAAAAAACAAAAAAAAGGAUAUAGGAAAGCAAACAAACAAACCCAGAACAAAAAGCAAAAAACGUAAGAAAGAGAGAGAAUGAGAGAGAGAAAAAAGAAAAUAUGCAAAAGAGAAGAAAACAACAACAACAACAAAACAUCAACAAAAUUAUAACGGGGAGGGAAGAUAAGAAAUGAAAGUAAACAAAAACUGUGAUAUUAGCCGUUAAGCAGAAGCAGCAAGUGACUCUUAACACUGUGCAUUCUCAUCGUAGCAGGCGAGAUGGAAAAUAAAAGUGCAUACAAUACAAUGAAAGACACUGCUCGGCGGGGGGGGGGGGAUGGGUGGGGGGGUGGUGAGAAGACCGAUAACCGAAAAACGAGCCGAAGAAAGCAACGUUUGGCAUAAUGGAAUAAAGGACCAUAAACCGGUGUGCGUGCGUGUGUGCGUGUAUCGAGCGGGUGAAGUAACGCAGUAUGCAAAUGUGUGUGCGGGGUCAUCUCCCCUCUCCUCUUCCCCCUCCAAAAAAAAGCAAGACAGUGUGAACACUUACUGCAUAGCGUUAAAUAAAAACAUACAAACAAAAAAACAUAAGAAAAAAAAAACGUCACUUAUAAUAUACAAAACAGAAAAUGGCAAAGAAAAUGUGCUGAAAAUGUGAAAGAAGAGCAGAUGGCGACAGUUGAUAACACAACAAACGCAUAAUAAAUAAGAAGGAAGGGAAGGAAGGAGCAGAGAAAAAAAGAAAACGGAUAAAAUCAAAACAAAAAAUGAAAAGAUACUAUUAAUUAAACAAGCAAACAACACGAAACACACAUGAACGAAGCGGUUUGCGAGAGGGAAGCAAGUAGGUAGGACGGACGAGGAGGUGCGCGCGUGUAUGAGCAAAAGCAAAUUGCAUUUGGGUGUAAGCAGGGUGGAGGAAAGCUAGAUAAGAACAAAACCA